GAGCGACGUGCAUCAUAAACCGUGCACAUAACGAAAACAAAGGUGAUCAAGCCAAGAUCCAGUUCGGUGCUCGCAAUAUCAAUACUGAGAAUAGUAACAAUAUCAUCGAUAAUUCUGGCACUGGUAAUACCCCUGAUCAACAUGGCGACGGGAGAACAGCUUCAUAGAAUGACAGAAAAUGUCUACAGGCAUACAAUAGAUGGGUUCAAUCCUGAAUUACGGAAUCUAGUUACUCUCGGCCGAGCUUAUGAGAAAGCCUUACAAAGUGUAUCACAGGCAGCUAAGGAUUAUUUCAAUGCCAUAGUAGCUGUUGGUGAACUAGCAAGUGAGACUAAAGAUUCAAGACAACUAGGUCAGUCACUACUUCAAAUUGCCGAGACUUACAGGCAGAUAGAAACUGAGAGAGAAAUCACGGUGCAUGCAUUGAGGAAAGAGCUUUUGCAUCCAUUAGAAGGCAAACUAGAGCAGGAAUGGAAGACUGUGCUUCAGGUUCAGAAAUCAUAUUUAUCAGAAAACAAGGCAAAAUCAGAGGCUGUGGAUAAGUGUCGCUCCGAGGUGAAGAAACUUCAGAAGAAAACCCAGAAGAAUCACAGUGAAAAGUACAUAGAGAAAGAACAGAGGACAGCAGAAGAGCUUCAACUUCUCACCAAACAACUACAUAACUUCAGAUCUAAUGGGCUGAGAGAGGCAUGGACCGAAGAGAGGAGACGCUAUUGUUACCUUGUCGAUCGGUAUUGCUCUCUCAUCAAAAACAAUGCUGCUUUCUUUAGCAAGGCUCAGAGUGUUCUUCAUCAUCGCCUUCCCAAGUGGAAUGAGUCAUGUGACAAACCAGACAAGCUGCCUGAAGAAUGUGAAGACAUCCUCAGCUUUGAUUUCUCUGGUCCCCUUGAGACGCCCCUUCAGGUAGAGCUAAGGAACUCUAGAAGACUCUACGAACGCAACGUCCUGCUCACCCAGAAUGAAGAGAGAAUCAAGAAGUCCCCUGUACAUGAGCCUCACUCCCCCAAAACUGGUAACAAUCCCGACCGGCCCCUUUCUGUGGAUGUUGAGCCCCAGCAGCCGCCCCCUCCCAGCAGCACGGGGAUGACCUCCAGCUACAGUGCUACCCUCCCCAACAUCAAGAAGCUAGGGAGCGGCUCGUCGCACCCCUCCGUCCACCAGCUACCCCCCUUCCAGAGCGGCAACCAGCAACAGAUGGUCCCCCCGAUGACACAGGCCGCAACAACACCGUCAUCGCCACCACCGCAAUCACCCCAGCCACAGACUAAUGUGCCUUCGGGUUUAGCAGGGAGGCAUUCCAAGUCUCUUAAGUCACCUCAUCAUCUCAAUGCCAUAUCUCAGACGAUGCCUCGUCAAACAUUCAUGCGUCGGGUAUCGGAGGCAGGUGACAUGAUGGAGAAUGAGCAGAAGAUGCCUCGCGUUCAGGCCGUCUACACCCACGCUGCGACGGGAGAAACCCAACUUCCUUUCAAUGAGGGAGACAUCAUUGGCUUGGUUGGUCCUAAGAACAACGGUUGGUUCUAUGGACACAACUACAGGAGUAGGAGGAAUGGAUGGUUUCCUAUUACCUACACACAACCCUUGCCUGAAAUCUCACCCAAAACUAAUGGAACAAGUAAUAUAUUGAGCACCAAGGGUGUAGCAGCCAGUAUGGACAACCUCCAAUCCGUGGGCAAUGACUACCCUACCCCUGACUACUCCGGCCCCGGCAGCCCCGUCUCCCCCAUGGCCCCCGCUGCAUCAACCCUCUCCCUCCCCCAGGUCGGCAUCGCCGUACCGACCAACCUCUCGACCGUGUCGCCCUACACCAACCCCUCCUCAUCCUCCUCCAACAACAACGGCAUGGGCAACGGUGGGGUGAAACCCUCGGGGUUGCUGAUGACCGCACCCGUGGGAGUGGUCGAGGGAGAGGAAAGGAACGUCUUUCAGAAUCAGCAGAAACAGCAGACCGGAAACUCGACCUUUAAUACCGCUGUGCCAAACGCUCUUGCUCAAAAGCAGUCUGCUUCCAUCCAGCCUGAUGUCCAGCUCUCUCAAAUCCAACUCUCUGUGCCUGAUGAAAACACCAAUGUGCCCUCACAAAACAACGGAGAUCAGGGAGACGGCAACCCUUUUGGAUCGAUUCAGCUUCGUAAGACGGUGACGAACGAUCGUUCUGCUCCUAUCAUCCCUAGAGACUAUCAGAUGGGUGAAUUUGCACGGCACUAAUCUAUUCUCCAAGCAUACUGAAACAAGAUAUACCAUUCAACUCGACUGAGAAGAAACGUUGUCAAACUCUGCAAUAUUAUUUAACUCAUGCGAGGAAAAACGUAUAUAUACCAUGCACUGAAUAUUAUGGUAAUAUUACAUCACAACAUUCCCAAAUACAUCGUUGCCAUGUCAGGCAACACACCUACGUGGAUUUUCAUGAAACCAGGAACAUUUUAGGUGCAUAGGGUAUCAUCGCCUAUUGAAAUAUGCAAGCAUUUCUGUGAUGUCAUACUUUGUAAUAUUCAGAACAAAUUUCUGUAGGUGAUGCAGCUGGAACUACAUGUAAUUGUCCUAAAGUAAGAUUUCUUGAAAGUCUUUGCGACAAUGUCAGACUUGCUUUAAAGUCUUAGGUGGAAGUCAGUUGCUUUCAUCCAACUCUACAUAUGCCAGUUACGUCAUUUUUCGGAAUGAAGAUAGUAUUUGCUUAAAUUUCAGGAGGGCAUUAACUGAUAAGGCUUUACAUAUGGUAUAUGUAAUGCCCAUCUGGCAGACAAACUGUAGUAAGAGUAAUUACUAAAAUAUUGUGUCAUUAUUUGCAAGAUAAAUCUUGUUGUUAUUUGGAUUAAAAUGUGUACAUUGUACAUGCAUUCACAUGUAUCUGUGUUUAUGGAUGUUAUUAAAAUUUGACAAAUGGUCUUAAAAUUUGAUCCGAGACCAAAGUGGCCAUUUUUUAGCCAAAAUUUGUGCUAUAAAUGAGACAAAAGGUCUUUUGUAUUAUGCAACUCAACAAAUUAAUGUAUGUGCCUACAUAUUGCCUUUCGUGUAAAUUGCAAUAUUUUAUGAACAAAAUCAAAUAUAGUAUCCUUUCUAGUCACAUAAAGUGAGUACAUACUUGUAUUAAGAAGAAUAAAACGGCUUUUAUGUAAAAUGAUGCUGGUAUUGGAAUAUAUAUUUGUAUAUGCAUUUUGUUUUUCAUAUUGCAUGUGUAAAUAGACUAAACUGCAACUUGCAAUAUAAUCAUGUCGUUCAGAUGUUGUAUGCAUUUGGCCGUCUUGUAAAUAAGAAAGUUUUUAAGAAUGCUCUUAUGGUCAAUAUAUUUGCCCACUUUUUGUAUAUGUCUGAAGUAAAUUGUCAAAUCAUGUCAUAUAAUUAUUGAUUUUUUUUAAAAAUAUUGCUUAUUUAUAAUUUUUAUGUUACUUUUACAAAAUAUCAGUUAUCUCAAAAUGCUACAACGUUUAUAUUAUGAUGUUAAAAGAGGCCUGUUUAUAAUAAUUACACUGUUACAAAUCACUGUACAGCUUGUGACAAAUAUUAAGAAUACAUCUAAUUAUUUUUGUAUGCAUGUAUGAUUUUUGUAAUGCUAAACAGUAAAUUAGCUAUGCCAAGAUGUCAUCUAUUUUAAGGUUUGGCAGUUAGUCAUAUCAAAUUUAGUUUUAAAACAUCAAUGUCACUUUAUUACAUCAUGUGUAGCGUAGUCAUAGACCUUAAAAUAUAUGUAGCGAUUUUCUUUAAGUUUGGAAUGAUGUUCUAAAAUGUCUAACUGUGAAGAGGGAAAAGCUUUUGAAAGGAAUCACAAAGUUACUUGCAUGAUAUCAUACAACGCCUGCCAAUUGUGUUUUCAGCCAUAACAUAUUCAAACCAGAGAAUUACAUGUGUUACCAUAGCAACAUAAAUAUUUUCUAAAACUCAACCCAAGGCAAUUGCAACAUCCUUGUGGGUCGCCUAUUGAAAUGUGCAAACAUAAAAAUGUUGAAAAAAAUCAUGAAUUUUGAUCAAAAAAACAAUAAUUUUGAAUCUCUCAAAGUGUUGCCAAUUUAAGGAUUUUGAAGCUUAUUUUCCUUUUUCAAAAUUCUUGGUUUCAACGCAAUAUAGACAUGAAACAAGGUUGCCCUUUCUACUAAUGCAUCUGGCAUAUUUUUAGGGCUCUGAUCAAAGAUUAUAGAGCAAACCACAAAAUGUGGUAUAGUUGCCGCAAAAGGGUUAAAUGGAUUACAUAUGAAGAGGCUGCUUUAGACAACUUUUUAAUGAUUUUAGGGGUGAAACAUGGUCUGCUGAUAGAAAGUAUCUGCAGAAAAAGCAGUUGUUGGAGAAACACAGUAUUAUCAAUACCGUACACUGUAUAGGCAAGUAAUGUUGUACAAUGUAUAUAUGCAAACUUGUGCAUUAUAUAUCCAGAGUCUUCCAAAUUUACAGGUUUACAAGGUCGCUCUCUCAACUCAUGGAAAAACAAUAUUUUGACCAAAAAUAUGUUUACAAGGUAGCUCUGCUCUCUAAACUCAAGGGAAACUAUUUUUGAUAGAGAAACAAAUUUGAAGUUGUAUGCAUGUAAAAUGAUGUUUUAGGAAUUGAAGGGAA